CCGACUCACUCGUUUCUCACAUGCCUAACCUCAUUCUCCCUCCAUAAAUAUUCCCUUACAACCUCUCCCUUUCAAUCAAAUCCCCAACAUAAUCUCUCUCAAAAACAAGAACAAAAACAAAACUCUCCCUAAAUCUUUUGUUUCUUUUUCUUCAGCAGUGAUAAUGGUUGAGCCUGCAACAGCAACCCAAGCAGCAGCUCCGGUGAUGCCUCAGCUGAAAGAUGAGCUUGACAUUGUGAUACCAACUAUAAGAAACUUGGACUUCCUUGAGAUGUGGAGGCCAUUUUUUCAGCCCUACCAUCUCAUCAUUGUUCAAGAUGGCGAUCCUUCAAAAACCAUCAAGGUCCCUCCUGGUUUUGACUAUGAGCUUUAUAACAGGAAUGAUAUCAACAAGAUUCUGGGUCCCAAGGCUUCUUGCAUUUCCUUCAAGGACUCUGCUUGCCGUUGUUUUGGUUACAUGGUGUCUAAGAAGAAAUACAUUUUUACCAUUGAUGAUGACUGCUUUGUUGCUAAGGACCCAUCAGGCAAAGCAGUCAAUGCACUUGAACAACACAUCAAGAACCUGCUAUGUCCAUCAACUCCCUUCUUCUUCAACACCUUGUAUGACCCCUUCAGAGAGGGUGCUGAUUUCGUCCGUGGAUAUCCAUUCAGUCUCCGUGAGGGUGUCCCAACUGCUGUUUCUCAUGGCCUGUGGCUAAACAUCCCAGAUUAUGAUGCACCAACCCAGCUUGUGAAGCCUCUUGAGAGGAACACUAGGUUUGUUGAUGCGGUUCUCACCAUCCCAAAGGGCACCUUGUUUCCCAUGUGUGGUAUGAAUCUGGCUUUCGACCGUGACUUGAUUGGCCCUGCCAUGUACUUUGGACUCAUGGGAGAUGGCCAGCCAAUUGGUCGCUACGAUGAUAUGUGGGCUGGCUGGUGCAUCAAGGUGAUAUGUGACCAUUUGGGAUUGGGGGUGAAAACGGGUCUACCAUACAUCUAUCACAGCAAAGCCAGCAACCCCUUUGUGAAUCUAAGGAAGGAAUACAAGGGUAUAUUCUGGCAAGAAGAGAUCAUCCCUUUCUUCCAACAAGCUGUGCUUCCAAAAGACUGCACCACUGUUCAAAAGUGCUAUGUUGAACUGGCUAAGCAGGUGAAAGAAAAGCUUAGCAAAGUUGAUCCCUACUUUGACAAGCUGGCUGAUGCAAUGGUUACUUGGAUUAAAGCCUGGGAUGAGCUCAACCCUCCUACUGCAGGAUCCGUUCCCAAUGGGAAACCGGCUUAGACAAUUUUCCAUCACAUCACAUUUAUUAUAUAUAUGAUUCUAUUCAACACAAAGCUGCACCAUUAUUUCCCUACAGUUUAAAUGAACUUCAAUAAUUUUUGUUUUUUUUUUUUUUUAUCUUCUUCCUCACUAGAUUUUGGCGGGAUAUAUUAUGUAAUUUAUCAACUUUAUGUUAUGAAGUUGCAGACAUGAAUAACAUGUGUUAGUUGAAUUA